AUGAUGGCUGGAGAGAAACUGCCAAUUGCGAGGAUUGCGGACACUCACUACACGCGGGAGGUCUACGAGCCGUCCGACGAUUCGUUCGCUAUUGUAGACGCGGUAAUUGCGGACAUUUCCGACAUCCAGGCGCUGAAUCCCACCCUCUGCCUGGAGGUCGGCUCUGGCUCCGGCUACGUCACGUGCUCCGUCGCGACAGCCAUGGCAGCAGCGGGCCUUCGCGCCGAGUUCAUCACCACCGACAUCAACCCUGACGCCUGCGCCUGCACCACCACAACAAUGCGCGCCCACGCCAUCACCGCCUUCGACACCGCACUGGCGGACCUGGCCGCGCCACUGUCGCGGCGCCUCCGCGGCGCUGUUGACCUGCUCCUGUUCAACCCGCCGUACGUCCUGACGCCCUCCGAGGAGGUGGGGCGCCCGGGGAUGUGCGCCGCGUGGGCGGGCGGGUUCAACGGCCGCGAGGUCAUCGACCGUUUUCUGCCCGCUGUGCCGCACCUGCUGUCGCCCGGGGGGCGCUGCUACAUGGUCACGGUGGCGGAGAACCGGCCGGAGGAGCUGGUCGGGAUCGCGGAGGCGGCGGGCCUGGACGCGGAGGUCGCGCUGGUGCGGAGCGCGGAUGAAGAGAAGCUUCACAUUCUGCGCAUGGUCAAACGAGUUGCAUAG